UUCAAUGCAGACGCGAUGGCGUACGUGAAGUGUCGCAGCGAAGGCCCUUCUAAAGGAGGUGAAAUUCUCAAUUCUGUUUUUAAUAGACAGCUUUUGCGAUAUUAAGAAUAGUUGUUAAGUGCACUUAUUCGUUGUGUUGCAGGCAUGAGUGAAUGCAAAGUUGCAGAGCUGUACUUUUUAUUAUUUGGAGCUUCAAGCUAUAUAGGUUUAGCCAGCUAGCUACAUUAGCUGUGUGUCGAGCUGAAUUUUGAACUUUAAACAGACACACAGUAUUUAACGCGAAUAUUUCAUGUCAAUUCAGUUAAGUGCAGACUAUUGUUAGGUAUUCUACAAAUAUAACAUUUUCUGUCUUUUACAUUGUUUUCGUACUUAAAGUGAUACUUCACCCAAACAUGAAAGAUAUUUGGAAGAAUGCUUAUAACCAGACAGAUUUUGCCCCCAAUUAACUACUAUAGUAGUAGGGAAAAAAUACUAAUCUUUUUUUGUUCUGUUGAACACAAAAGAAGACAUUUUGAAGAAUGUGAGACAGCAAACAGUUCUGGGGCACUUUUGACUACCAUUGUAUUUGUUCCUACUAUGGUAGUCAAUGGGGGGCAACAUCUGUCUGUUAUAAGCAUUCUUCCAAAUAUCUUUCUCUGUGUUCAUCAGAACAAAGACAUUUAUACAGAUUUGGAACAACUCGAAGGUGAGUAAAUGAUGACAGAUUUAUUGGGUGAAGUAUUACUUUAAAAGUCUAGUGUUAUAUUGUUAGUACCACUAAACCCAUAAACUGAUACACUAAAACAAAAACAAGCUCAAAAAAGUGCCAGGUUUUUUGGACACCCACCAUGGUUUGUAUUGCCAUGUAAAUAUAUAUGAUAACAUAAAUUUUAACAUGGUAGUCUCUGAGCUACUUUGGACAUUUAUUUAGGUGUAUGGUAAUAAUUCAGCAUACUAUUGUAUUAUUAUACCAUUGUACCACUAUAGUAUUGACUUGUAUCAGUAAUGCAUGUCCCAAAUCAGCUCUUUAAGGAAUAGUUCACCCAAAAAUGAAAAUUCUGUCAUCAUUCGUGUAUGGUGUACUUUCCUCUACACUGGUAACUAACUAACAUUGGCCCCCAUUGACUUACAUUGACAUUUCUCAAGCAUGAGGAUUAAUAAAUGUUGACAGAUUUUUUUAGUUUUUGGUCACCUUUAAUGCAUUGUAUUUGUGCACAAAGUUACAAUUAUAUUAGUUAGUAAACCUAGAUGAUUGUAGGCUAGACAAUCAGACCCAUGAAACUGGGCGUUAAAGUGGAGAAACAUACACACUGUUAUUUGCAAACCAGUUUGAAUUGAGAUUGUAGGCUCAACAUCAGCUCUCUGAGCAGGUCCUCCUGGAAUCCCUCAUCUUUCAGGUAACUGUAGCUCACCUUUGGUCACCAAGGCAACAGUCGCUCACCUUGCACGGCAUCAGGGGACAAUUUGAGAAAGCGCACUGCUUGUGAUGUCGAACCAGAAGAUGAGGCUAAAAGCAAGCCAGCUUCUUCUAAAAUGUUUAAAGCCGGGUUCAGUAUGACAGCCCAGGCUGCCAAGAAGCCUACCCCCAUCUCUAUCAAGCUUGGAGCGAAUAAACCUAAAGAACCCCCUCCAGCCGUACCUGCCAAGAAAUCAGGACUCGCAUCUGUAUUCAAUGAAGACGAUGAUAGUGAGCCUGAGGAAAUGCCACCAGAGGCAAAGAUGAGGAUGAAAAAUAUUGGAAGGGAGACGCCCACAUCAGCUGGACCCAAUUCCUUCAACAAAGGAAAACAGGGAUUCUCAGACCAUCAGAAACUUUGGGAGAGGAAACUCAAAUCUCAGUCAGAUCAGUAGACUGGUUAUAGUGGUUUCCCAUUUGGCACAGAGAUUAUUUGUCCUUUUGUCUUUUUGUUUGAUGAACACUGUACAAAUGUAUAUAUGUAAUGAAUGUUUAUGCUUUUUAUUGUAGCCACAGUUUUUAAACACUGUGGUUAAAAGGCCUUCUUGUGUGAAGUGGAAUACAGAAGACGGAAAAAUGAGCAUAAUCUAUAUUCACUGUUCCAUACAAAUUUGAUGAAAUUCUGCCUAAUAUGCAACACUGAACCUUGUUGUCAUCCGGCUAUAGUUUAGUUUGUCUUCAGAGAAGGAAUGUAGUGGUGCAGUUAUGACAAAGAGAAAAGUUAGCAAGUCAUUAAUAAAUGAGUGGUGGCAUCACUUUGAA